UCUGGUACUCAACACGUCUCAUGUGUUGUUCUCUCACUGUCUCGCAGGGCAGGUAACGCGCGCCUUCAAAACCAAACGGGCUGCAGUGCGCACUGGCAAAUGUUGCGCGCUUUGCUUCUGAGCGCACAAUAUUCCUCUUUGAAGAAUAUUCACCAGUCGGCGUUUGAGUGGUUUACAUUGUUGUUAUCUUUUAAAUAGCACAGGUGAGAGAAUAAGCAUAACACAAGCUUUUACGAAACUCUACUGGAGGCAGAAACAAUGAGAGGAAUCUGAAAACAUCUGCAGAUGGAGAGUGACUUAUGGAGUCUGUUCGCAAUGGAUUCAGCAGAUCAACACAACAAAUCUUCCAACUGCUGCUCAACUACCGACACAGUAAAUGAUGAGAACUUUUUGAAGCUGGAUGACAGCACAAAGCUGGUUGGAGUUCGAGUUAUUCUCAUUCUCGCUUACUGCACAAUCAUAUUGCUUGGAGUCACCGGAAACUCCUUAGUGAUAUACGUCGUCUCCAAGUUUAAACAUCUACAGACGGUCAACAAUUUCUUCAUAGUAAACUUAGCUGUGGCAGACUUGCUGGUGAACAUGCUGUGUUUGCCUUUCACCCUUGUCAACACUCUGUACGGCGAGUGGAUGUUUGGUAAGGUGUUGUGCUUCAUGCUGCCCUUCUCUCAAGGCCUGGCUGUGCAUGUGUCCACCGUCACCAUGAAUGUCAUCGCCCUGGACCGCCACAGGAGCAUUGUCUACCACAUGGAGACCAAGAUGUCCAAAGACAUGUGCGCUGUGGUAAUUGUCAUCACGUGGGUUGUCAGUGCCCUGCUGGCCAGCCCGCUUGCCAUCUUCAGGGAGUACGGGACGUUCAUUAUACCACCGCACCAGUCUAUUCAGGUGUGUACGGAGCAUUGGCCGGGAAGCAGCGCAAACGGAAGCAUCUACAGUAUAUUGGUGAUUCUGGUUCAAUAUGGUUUACCUCUGGCCAUCAACUGCGUUGCAUACAUCCGCAUCUGGAAUAAGCUGAAAAAGCAUGCGGUUUACGGAGGUCGAAAUGACCGCCAUCAGCACAGGAAGAAGACCACCAAGAUGCUGCUGACCAUGGUCAUGGUUUUCGCUGUCAGCUGGUUGCCUUUAAAUGCGUUCCAGUUGGCUGUUGAUAUUGACAAGACAUUGCUGUUUAUGAAGGAUUUCAAGCUGCUUUUCACGGUGUUCCACAUUGUCGCAAUGUGCUCAACGUUUGUCAAUCCCAUCCUGUACGGGUGGAUGAACAAUAACUACAGGGUGGCCUUUUUGUCCGUGUGUAAGUGUUACCAGCCUUUCAGUUCGCAGUCAAGACACUCCAAAAGCAGAGAGACACAAAAAAACGAAGACAAGGUUUGUACAGAUUGCAAAUCAACACAUGUCUAAGUUGCACAUUCAAGAAGGUUAAUUAAUAAUUAUUUGUGGAAAUGAAUGAUUUGGAUCAGGGUUUGUGUGGACAUU